AGUUUGGGCUUGGAUUGGGGUAGGCCCAAGCCCGACCCGUACGGGCGGAACGCUCAGCGCAAUCCCGGUCCCCGGAUUUGAUACUGCAUCUGUAUGCCACUAUGCCAACGUUUGCCUCAUAACUAGGGCACGGUUGGGUUCAACAGUUUUCUCCUUCCCGAUCUGAAACAAAAACAGUAUAAAUCCGUGAAGCGCCAAGUCAAACCCCGCCAACUCCUUGAGGGCUUAAACCUGUAAGUUCUAUAAACAUCUUCUUUUAAUCUCGUGCGAUGUUUGGUUUUCGCUGCAAAAGACUAAUCAUCCAGCUACGGAGCAAUGGGGAACUUCUCAAGUAUCUUCAAAAUCCAYUUUCUAAAUYCAUUUCCAACAUCUCAAAUUCUGCAAACGACUCCUCUUUUACGGUUUCUUACCUAGUAAACACUUGUGGGUUCUCACCAGAAACAGCCCUUUCACUUGCGGAGAAAGUCCACUUGGAAGACGGGAAGAAACCAGACUCAGUCCUCAAAUUAUUUGAAAAGCAUGGGUUCACCAAAACCCAGAUCGCAGAACUCAUUUCUAAGCGCCCAUCAUUACUCUUGGCCGAUCCAGUAAAAACCCUUGAGCCCAAAAUUCGGUCUCUCAGUCAAGUAGGAUUGUCAGGCCCCGACGUUGCUAGGAUACUCUCUUCUUCAGCCGUUUACAUUUUUUCAAGGAGBUUAGAGAAGCAAAUCCUCCCUAUGCUAGAUUUUCUCAAGACUUUACUUCGUACAGAGAAAAACAUCGCCGUAGUCAUUAAUCGUUUCACUUGGAUUUUCCAAUAUAAUGUCCUAGAAGCAUUAAAACCCAAAAUUUCGAUCUUGCGUGAUCAUGGUGUCCCCGAAUCCAAUAUCUCAAAAAUGUUCAUGUUGUUGCCUCGUAUAAUAACUCUGAGUAGCGAUCGGUUUAAAGAGUUGGUCAAGGAKAUCAGUGAAAUGGGUUUCGACCCCUCAAGUACAAUGUUUAUCAAAGCAGUUAAUGUCAAAGCAGGGAUGAAUAAAGCUAAAUGGGAAUCUAAAUUUGAUGUCUAUAGGAGCUUUGGUUGGUCUGAUGGUGAUAUUCUUUUGAUGUUCAAAAGGAACCCCUACUGCUUUGCUAUCUCGGAGAAGAAUAUCAGGAGUAAGUUGGAUUACUUCAUGAACAAAUUGAACCUGGACCCGGCAGUUCUUUCUAGAAACGUGCCGCUAUUUGGGCUUAGCUUGGAGAACAGGGUUAUUCCAAGGUUGUCUGUAAUUCAGGUUCUGCUCUCCAAGGGAUUGAUCAAGGAGGAUUUAAGCAUUGCAACUGUCUUAAUACUACCUGAUGUCAAAGUUUUUAGAGAAGUUUGUGAUGAAGUACCUGGAUGAGGCUAGUGAUUUAUUGAAGGUGUACCGAGGUAAAAUAUGAUUUUUGUGGUUCCAAAAAUGUUUCCACGGAAAAUUUGUAGAAUGUUAAUUCACAAAUGAAGCAGGGUCUAUGAUYUUUUAUUCGCAGCUUUUUUUUUUUGUAACUUACUGUAUAUCUUGUUUUGGUAGAGCUUGCUUUCUUUAGAUACAGCUA